AUGGAUGAGUGGAUUGUAAUUGAUAUAGAGACUCCGGAAGGCAAGUUUUUUAAGUCUCCCAUUUAUUAAGAGGAGCAAGUUCAUAAUGCCAAAAGGAAUUUAAUUGAUAACAUUGUCUAAAGAUGCGCCCAAUAUGGCAAAUUAGACAAUCCUUAUUAAAUUGCUAGGAAAACCGGAGCCAUGCAAAAGGACUUUGAUUAUGAAAAGGGGCAAAAUGUUUAUGAUCAGGAUGAUUCGUUCAUAGAUGAUGAAGAAAUAGAUAAGGAAAAUCAUGCCAUGGUGAUCCCAGAGACAGAACUUGAUGAUUAUCAUAUGUGCAUUUGUAAUUUAAAGGAUUUCCAAAAGUCUAUUGAAUACAAAAAGAGAGUGGCUAUUUUGAAGAAGCACACAGUGGAAUCGAAAAAUAAGAGUGCUAAGAAAAAGAAUAAAAAUAAGGAUAAAAUGGAUUAAGUUGUUGAAAAGCAAAAUCAUGUAGAAUAGGCAAUCUAAUAAAAUACUGCAAUUUAAGACAAAGAAAUAUCUUGA